AUGACAUUCGUUUACCUGCAGAAAUUCGUUCGAUUCUGGUUAGCUGACUACGCGUUGUUGCAUGACGGUAGAAUCGAUGAAACGAAACCGAUUAUCACCAAUCGAAAGCCGAUGUUCACCUAUGCUCCAUAUUACAAGGGUGCAUCUGUUUUAUAUAUGCUGAAUAAUGCAGUCGGAUUCUCGGUGAUGCGCGACGGUCUUCGUGCCUACUUCAAGGCAAAUGCCUUCAAAACAACCACCGAAAAGAUUUUAUGGGCUGCCAUUACCAAA